GUUGGCUCGGCCUGAGGGAGUGGAAUGAAGAAUGCCGUCUCCAUGACGACCGCCAGCAGAGUCACCUGCUGAACGAGUGAAAAGAAAGUGACUUGAUUAAGGAAGUGACCAAACUGCGGACAACACGGAGGCCUCUGUUGCGACAUUUGAGGAAGUAUUACAGGAACAUGGAAGUUGAACAAGAGGACUUGUCCCCAGAAACAGCAUUUGAUAAGGACCCCUUUCAGAUGACAGUAGAAGAUGUGUAUGAUAUCUCACAUGUUAUAGGUAAAGAUCUUAUGAAGAUCGGCACAGAGUCCCGUGGCGUAACAGAUCUUGUGGCCAAUCUUCAGUUUAAGAUUGUACGUGUUCUUGAGGUCCUGGAAACACUGGUGAACCAGUCAAGCCUUGAAACUGAGGAGAUGAAGAUGGAAAGGGAUAAUCUAAAGGGAGAGGUGGAAAGAUUGAUGAAAGAAUGCCCACAAACUACUCAGACUGACCUUGGACCAGACAAAAUGGUUAUAGAUCUCACAGACCCCAACCGUCCACGAUUUACAUUACAAGAGCUAAGGGAGGUGCUCCAGGAGCGGAAUAAGUUGAAGGUUCAACUCUUGGUUGCUCAAGAUGAAUUGCAAUGCUAUAAAAGUGGAGUCAUUCCCCCAACCGAGGACCACAUUGUGACAUUGGAAAAUGAAUCCAUUAUCACCACUUCACCAAGGCCAAAUGACAACAGCAAAGACAAGUCAACUAUAAAACGCCUGUUUUCUCCCUUCAAACAAGACUAACAAGACCAACAGAACAAUGUGCAUUCCACCAAAAAAUACCCUAGAGCAUUGCAACAUCUGGAGGUCCGCAGGUUGAAGACCACUGCUCUAGAGGAACAUUGUUAGUACAUAGGCCAGUAUUGUAUAAAGGAUGCAUAUCAAUAAACUGCA